UCCUCCUAUACAGCACACACAGCUAACUGAAAUCGAAGCAAGAUUCAGCCCCAGCAGUGGUCACAGUCGCACUUAGUCUCAGCCAUCUGCGCGGUCUCUAAAAUUAAACGUUAAAAACAUGUUUCGCCACUUUUGCCUAACGGUGCUUCUGGUCAUAGCCAGUGGUAAACUGAGUUCAACUCAAUCCACAGUCGCCACCACCAUCGCUGCUACCACCACCACCGCUACCACCACCACCACCACCACCGCUACCACCACCACCACAACCACCACUGCUCCAAUUACUACUACUACUACAGCUGCUGCAAAUACAACCACCCUUGCUCCAACUCCUGCAAAUACAACCACCCUUGCUCCAACUCCUGCAAAUACAACCACCCUUGCUCCAACUCCUGCAAAUACAACCACCCUUGCUCCAACUCCUGCAAAUACAACCACCCCUGCUGCAAAUACAACCACUCCAGCUCCGACCAAUGCCACUACAACUGCCCCUCCGCUGCCCAACCCCAAAACUGGAAACUACACUCUUAAACCAAAUGUCAACGCCACUGCCUGCAUUUUGGCUAGAAUGGGCCUGCAAAUCAGCUUUAAGCAAGGCGCAGAUGCCCAGAGCUUCAACCUGGAUCCUGCAGUGACCAAUGUGUCUGGAUCAUGUGGCAGUAAUGGCAGUGACUCCAUCCUCAUCCUCCAGUCUGACACAAUCUACAUGGACUUUGGCUUUUCUAAUGUGUCAAACCGAUUUCGCCUACAUUCACUGAAUGUUAAUGUGACUGCUAGUGGGGUCAAAUUCACAGUUACCAAUUCCAGCUUGUCUCUAUGGGAAGCAUCUGUGGGGAGUUCCUACAUGUGCAAGAAGGAACAGAGUGACGAGAUCACAAGCUCCGUCACCCUCCACACCUUUGACCUGCAGAUCCAGCCUUUUGGGGUGGAGGAUGAUAAAUUCAGCACAGUGGAGGAUUGCCAGGCUGAUGCGGAAAGCUACAUUGUCCCAAUAGCAGUGGGAGCUGCCUUGGCUGCUCUUAUUCUUAUAGUAUUGGUGGCCUAUUUCAUUGGGAGAAGGAGAAACCAAGCCCAAGGCUAUGAGUCUUUCUAAGUCACACAUCCUGAAUCUAGGAUCAUUUUGAUGAAAUGUUCACUUAAUUCUGAUCACAUUAAUACAGCAUGACUGUCAGUUACUCUCUGGGCUUGGAAGAUGCACUAAGUUGGUUCUCACCCUCUCAGCAGAGCCUAAUACUUUCUAGCACAUUUUCUUUCAAAAUUGCAACGCUCUUUUGGAUCUGAUUUGAAUGUAUUGCAAGGCCACCGUUAUCCCCACCCUCCCCCUCCCCUUAAAAUGCUAAAAUAAAAAGCAGUAUUAAAAUGCUGUGAACCUAAACUUUCCUGCCUGAUAUUAACAUGAUUAUAUAGUUUUAUGCUUACCUCCCUCCCACUGAAAUCAUUUUCAAAUCCUAGUUUGCUGGCUAAUGCAAGGACACUGCAUCUAAAGUGAUGAUGCAUUGCUCCUUCUCCCUCUUUUUUUUUCUGAUGUUACUCACCAAUUCUACUCCGAUACUCAUCAAAUCUCAGAAUGUUCUCUAUCCAGUAAUCACUUAUCGUCACCUCUCUCUCUUUCUCUCUCUCUCUCCCUCUCUCUCCCCCCACGACAGCUGAGGAGUGCUUCUUGGACUCUGACUUGAGCUUUCUAGUGCCCAUUGCUGUGGGCAUGGCACUCAGCUUCCUAAUCAUCCUUGUACUUAUCUCUUACCUGAUUGGCCGGAGGAAGAGUCGCACUGGCUACCAGUCUGUAUAAUUCAGCAACAUCUAACCCACCCCACCCCUACCCCUAACCCAACGGCCUCUCGACUCUCUCGCUCGCUCACAUUCUCUCUCUCUUUCUCUCUCUCUCUGCCUUUGCCGUUCUUUGUCCCUGCACUCAACUUUUCUUAGAUGUAUCUUAUCCUAGUUUGAUUUGGUUGAAAUUUGAAUUGUAUCAUAUCAGUGCUGGCUCUAGGUGUUUUGGGAUCAUGAAGUGUUGGAAUGUGCAAAUAGCCAAGUCAGACUAUGACUGAAAUUUGGCUGCAUUAUUAAAGUUAACCAAAAAUUUUAAAGGAUCACCUCUCCAAAUUCUAAAGGGUGGUUUCAUGAACCUGGAACACAUUAACCCCAUAGAGAAAGGUAAGGGGAAGGAAAAGAAAAAUGUAAGAGUGUCCUUGUUGACUGAUCCAGACCUCUGAAUUGUAGAAUUGUGUGUUAACAUGAGCAAUACUCAGCAUAAGGGAUAGGAGAUGUACAGUGCGAAUUUGACAACAAGUAGCUGUACUACAUGAAGAAUACUCGAUUGAUGUUCUUCAUUGCUUUUUUUAUAUUCACAAAAUAAAGUCUGCGUUUAAAAAAUAAUUGUAGGAAGGGGAAACCUUUAUGGUGGUUACAGUUAAAUCAAGAAAGGAAAAAUGCUGAAUGGGUUGAUUUCAAAAUUUCCAGGUUUAGAAAACCACCUGUGGAUAUGUAAUGCAUGAGAAAUACAUCAGCUGAAUGGCUUUCUCUUCCUGAAAAGGUUCUUUAAACAAUUAUUAUUUGCUCUGUAUAAUAUGUGUAAAUUAUAUUUUUUGUGUUGUAUCAAAUUAAUGAUUAAGGUGAAUUGUUUUGAAUUACAUGACUAAUAAUUUCAAAGCCCUUGAAUGUAUGUCAUGCACAUGUUAAAAUUUCUGAAAACCCACUGAUGUGGAUUGAUCACUUGAUCGUUGUUGAAUUAGUAGCCAUGUUUAACCAUGUUGUGUCAUUUUACUUUUUGCACUUAAUACCCUCUGUUAUAAAGGGACACUAAUCAAACUGACACUUUACUAGCAUUUUAAACAUUGGUGAAUAGACAGUAGAUUUGGACUCAGAUUGAUUUCUCUUGAGGAUCCCUCAGGUAAAGGGAGCUUGUGUUCAUACAGCAUGUCCAUGACUUCUGUUGACGUAUCUUCACUUUGAUUUGAUGGAGCUCAUCCUCACACAUUAAGAUGUCGCAACAUAUUUGUGUUUCACCAUAUUUUAUGGGAUUGAUUUGGGCCAGAAUAUCUCUCAGAACAAGUCGAAUCAACUGAUGGUUUUAUCCUUCAAAGGUUUCUCUAAACACAGCGAAAGUGAUAUUUAUCAGUCACAGUGAUCACAGAAUACUGAAAUGUUGUGCCUUUUUGUUGCACUCCCUUGUUUUCCAUUAAAAUGUCUCGAUUAGUUGAAGAAUGUCAAGUUAAGUAUCCUGUACCAUGAUGGGAAAAUUGAAAUAAAAUGGCUUCCCUAUUUUGUAAA